CUCCAAGGAGACCUUCAAUCCAGUCUUCUUCUUCGGCCGACCCUUCACUAGCCUGUCGCCAUCACCGGCGCGAACCUGGACCUUCAUCUAUCUCAGGUUUCAACUCCCCACUUUGCUAAUCCUUCGCCUCCUCGAACAUCUACAAGACUGCCCAGCCUUGCGCUCGUCUCUAGAGUCUUCUGAGAACCUCUCCUCUCUUAUACAACUUCCUCCAACCCACCGCCUAAUCCAUCAUAUAACACCAUGGCCGAGAAGACCGCCACUGGCGAGGUCUCGUCCCGCAACUCUCAAAGCCUCUCUGCUGAAGAGCAAGGUGCCGUGAACCGUCCGACAACAUGGAUGUACAAGAAAAUCAGAAUCGGUUCCUGGACCGCUCCCUACUACGCCUCGCCAUCCGUCCAGCUUGUCAUCGUAUCCUUUGUCUGUUUCUUGUGCCCGGGCAUGUUCAACGCCCUGAGUGGAAUGGGUGGCGGUGGUCAAGUCGACCCUGACGCAGCCAACAAGGCCAAUAUCGCGCUGUAUUCCACAUUCGCUGGUGUCGGCUUCUUCGCCGGAACAAUCACAAACACCGUUGGUAUCAAGGCUGCUCUCGCGUUUGGCGGUCUUGGUUACAGCAUCUAUGUGGCGUCCUUCCUCUCCUUCAGCCAUACUCAGAACUACGGCUUUUCCAUCUUUGCUGGUGCUUUCCUCGGUGUCUGUGCUGGUCUGCUCUGGUGUGCGCAGGGUGCGAUCAUGAUGUCCUACCCUGAUGAGAAGAACAAGGGCAAAUUCAUCUCAUGGUUCUGGAUGAUCUUCAACAUGGGCGCUGUUAUUGGCGGUCUGAUUCCUCUCGGCCAGAACAUCAACACGACGACCGCCAGCACCGUCACUGACGGCACCUACAUUGGUUUCCUUGUCCUGACUUUGCUCGGCGCUGCGCUUGCCUUUACUCUCGUCAAGGCCAAGAAUGUCAUUCGCGAUGAUGGCUCCAAGGUUAUUCUGAUGAAGAGCCCCUCCUGGAAGACUGAACUCUUGGGCCUCUUCGAGACGUUCAAGACCGAUCCGUACAUUCUAGCGCUAUUCCCCAUGUUCUUCGCCUCCAACUGGUUCUACGCCUACCACUUCAACGACAUUAACGGUGCCCGCUUCAACACCCGUACUCGUGCGCUGAACAGUGUUCUGUACUAUCUCAUGCAGAUUGUCGGUUCGUACCUUUUCGGAUAUGCUCUCGAUAUCCAGCACUUCCGCCGUACCACUCGUGCCUGGGGAGGCUGGGUCGCUCUGAUGGCCUGUACCUUUGCUAUCUGGGGCGGUGGUCUCCCGUUCGCGCGAACCUAUAACCGUGCUGAUAUUGCCGCUGCAAUCAAAGCUCAGGACGAAGGCGUGGUCGUCCCACAGAGUGCACUGAUCCUGGACUGGGAAUCCAGCAACUACGGCGGUCCGCUUGUCCUGUACAUGUUCUACGGAUUCUACGACGCUGCAUUCCAAACAUAUGCGUACUGGUUCAUGGGCUCCCUGACCAACAACGGCCGCAAACUCGCCAACUUUGCCGGGUUCUACAAGGGCAUCCAGUCUGCUGGCGGUGCGGUCAUGUGGUCGCUGGACAACAACCACACGCCUUACAUCAACAUGUUUGCCUCCUGCUGGGCUCUCCUCGCCGGCUCCCUCCUCUGCGUCGCGCCGGUCCUGCACUUCAAGGUCAAGGACACCGUCUCCCUGGAGGAGGAUCUCAAGUUCACCGACGAGUCCUUUGAGGACGUCGCGCCGACCUCGGCGAUCAAGGCCGUCCAGGCCGAGAAGUAGGGGCGGCUGUCUUGGUUUCGGGGCGUUGUGAGAGUGAAAGCGAUUUCUGCACUUUAUAUACACAUCUAUAUGAGCACUUUGUACAUGAUUCUUUUCUGGCGCAAUACCCUCCUCCUCUGGCCAAUCAAUGCUUAGAGUUUCGAUCGCGGGCCAAGGAACAAGGGACAAGGGCAAGCAGCAGCGGUAGUAGUUUAUGACGAGUGUCACGAG